GAGGAGGAAGGAGGAGGAGGGAGGGAUGAGGAGGAGGGAGGAGUUUUUUGUUGUUGUUCAUUGGCAAAGCAAUGAUGAAAGCGUUCUUUCGGGAGAGUUGGGAGGGCCCUGAAAAGGGCCGUUGGCCAAAACAAAAACUGGAACGGGAACAGGAACUGGAAGGGGAAUAGAACAGGAACGGAAACUUCAUUCUAGGAAGGCGGAAAGCUUACUCAUUCGUGUUGCUCUGAUUCGCAUUCUCCUCGCACGGAUAGUGCCAGUAAGUAGUAGCUGCCACGUUCUUCUUGUGUCUCACCAGCCCGGUCAGCUUGAGGUAGGCGCCGUGAGAGGACCACUUGAGGUGUACCAGCCAAAGAUCGUAGUGGGGCGCCCAUCUUCUCAGCCGCACGCCGCAGUGAAAGCAGUACACACCAUCGGCACUUUGCGUGUACAGGAAGCCCGCAUGGUGGUCUUCAGCGGUCUGGUUGAUCAAACGAGGCUAGUCUUCUUUCAAAUUGUAGAUAAUGGGGCGGCGGCUUACCAUCACAAUUUUUAAGCAUCCGUAACACUCACUCCUGGGUCCACGAGAAUCCACCACCCUCAGUCCCAAGCAGAAUCCUGGUCUCACAAGCAUCCGUACAGCUCUUCGUCUCUGACAUUCUCGGUGUGAUGAUGAUGAUUUUUUCACAAGUAAACUGAACCCUCUCGAGACACCCACUCGGUAUCAGGGACAUCUUGGAAUGGUGGUAUGGCAUUCAUAGACCGUCUUUGCCCCAUGAUGGCUGUUGCUCAACUGAAGGAAGGUCAGCGGGUUCACAUGCUUUUAUGAAAUCUCCUCUCAACUCAUAGGUUCGGCAUAUACACGAUGGGUACCUCGGAUCUCGAAAACAGGUGGACACAUACUCGAUGGUCUUGCAACGUGGUGGGUUUCAAGUCCAAGAACAGAUCACCAAGUUCCAAGCCCUGGCGCCACAUGCUCAACCACACCCACUCCAGUGCCCCCCAGCUCGCAAGUAAUGUGGCCCUGAAUGCACAUCUCAACAGACUGUGGUCCGCGGUCGUCAGCAAGGGUACUCAGACCGCCUAUUCGACUGGUAUGACCUGUUAUAUAAAGUUCUUGCUUACUUUCGGACUGUUUCAAACCAUGUUCUAUCACAGACUCCCUCCCGUGAACGAGGUAUAUUUACAGUACUUCAUUGCCCAUUGUUAUGGCGUGCUGCAGUUGAAACAUGUCACUGUUAAGACCUACCUAGCUGGGGUGAGGUUCUUUUACCUGCAACGUGGCAUUAUCACAAUAUUCGACCAUCGUGGAUCCGGGGCGUUGAACAGACUGCAGUCCAUCAUGAGAGGUUACAAGAAGUUGCAAGCUCCGACUUCAAGAAAAGGACUUCCCAUCACCUACACAGUUUUGGCACGAAUCGUGUGUACACUGCAUGCAGGAGUACUUGGACCGUUAAAUGACCUGGUAAUGGAAUGCAUGUGCUUAACUGCCUUCUUCAGGUUUCUCAGAUGUGGAGAAAUCACGUGUACUGCCAGGUUUGAUCCCAGUGCUAACAUUUGUUUGAGUGACAUCAAGUUUGACUUCGCUAAGAGAAAGUGCACUAUCCUGCUGAAAGCUUCCAAGACGGAUCCAUUUCAAGUAGGCGUCCCCAUAAUAUUGUUUUCUAAUAGUAGCUUGUGCCCGUUCUCAAGUUUGAGGAAGCUCUUCCAUACCAGAACUCUUCAGCGAUUAAGGAGACUUGAGUCCUCAGGUGAUCAAAAAUACAAGCACCUAUUUAAAUCUACACAUCCUUAUUUGUGUAAACUUGGUGAGUUUGGUGUGACGUUUUUUGAGAGAAAAUUAUCUUUGAUAAGUAAUGAGUUUUGGAAAAGUUGUUUUCAAUCAUUUAUAGUGCUUGAUAAGAAAAUCAAGCCAGAAUCUUUCAGUAGUUUUUUAACUGAACCAAUUUUUUAUAACCCUAAUAUUAAAAUUAAUAGGAAAUCAUUUUUCUUGAAAUACUGGUUUGAGAAGGGCGUCUCCCAAAUUAUAGACUUGGUCAAGGCCAAUAAGGAGUUUCUGUCAUAUGAGGAAUUUAAUGAUAUGUAUGGUAUUUGUUCAUACUAUUUGGAGUUUUAUGGUGUUGUUAGCAGUGUUAAACAAUACCUUGGAGCUCUAAAUUUAGUUCCAACAGAUUCUGUGGAGGAUCAGCGCUGUGUGGUAAAAACUAUUUGUAGUUCCAAGUCAGGUUCAAAGCAUAUUUAUUUUUCAUUGGUUUCUACAGAAGUAAAAACUAAAGGGCAGGAAAAGUUGGAAUUACGAUUUGAAAACUUAAAUUGGAACAAUAUUUAUAAUAAAAUUUUCAGUACAACACAGGAUGUCAAACUGCGAUGGUUUCAAUACAAAAUUACCCACAGAAUUCUCACCACUAAUACUUUUCUGUAUUUACUCACUUAUCCUCAGAAUGAUUUGUGCUCCUUCUGUCACAAUGAAAAGGAAACAAUUACUCACUUGUUUUGGGAAUGUGAUAUAAUAAAACAAUUUUGGGAUGAAGUGUCAUUGUGGAUCGACCAGUGCUUUCAUGUUUAUAAUAUGACAUUUUGUGCAGAAUUGAUACUUUUUGGAGUUCAAGAGAACAUAAAAACAGAUAAAGUGAUGGUAAUUGGAUAUUUUAAUUGUGCAACAACAACAGUACUUACGCGUUCAUAUUUAAUAUACCAAUUACAGGUCAAUCACCUCAUUACGUUUAUAUUCAACACGAUUUCUUAACUCUGUCACUCGAAUGUGCUUUUUAUGCCGUCUGGAUCAUGUUACAGUAAUUACAUCCCACAAUGCACUUCUAAACAGUCUGCGCAUGCCCAGUAAGACGGACAUGACGUCACAGUGUUUACCUUUAUUAACCCUUCAGCCCCACACGAGGUUACUUUCUACAUUGUCGCAAGCCACUCAACUGCGUUACUCUCAUGUGCUUCAGUGCUAAAUCACGAGUCAAGUCAAGCCAUCCGAUCUCGGGUUUCGCGAUACUCAGCUAACCAAGACUAAUAAUGGCGGAGAGGAGACAUAGACGAGCCAGAAGUCAGCGCAAUCGGGUUAAUGUUCUCGACUCCGCACAGCCUGAAGAAAACCCGGAUAGCCUCGAACCCCGCGCCACUGCUGCCAGUGCCAGUCGUACUACAGUGAGAAUCAGCAGUCAACCGUAUCUGACCGUGGCCCAGCUACGCCAACAACUGGCAGAAUGGGGCGUGAGGGUACCAAAUAAUUGGCCUAGGAAAAGCAUCACAUACAUCACAGGAACCCAGAUGCCCUCGUUAGUGGGACCACCCUACCCAACAGUGUCGCAUCGGAAUUCGGGGACAAUGGUACCAAUUCCGUGUCACCUGUUAGUGUUGCCAGUCUACAACGCGAACUUGCAGAGCUAAAACACAUGAUAGCGAGCAUGACCAGCCAUAACUCAGUGCCCACCGAGUACGCAGCUACAAGCCUACCAGAUCACCUCAGCCAUGAUGUGCCGUCGGAUUCUUUGCCCCACAUUCACACAGUCGCGCCAGCGCUCAAGAAGAAGAUUAAAGACGGCAAGUACUGCAACCUGGCCUUGUUAUUGAUACCUAACCAAGACGCUAGAAUGGCCGAAUAUGAUGGCAAUGUAUAUCAUUUAAAGGAGGACGCUAGGCUAAAUCGCACUCUUACUCUAGCAGAAUUCAUACAGGCCUUUGGCAUUUACAAGGACAUUCUUUGUGACAUCAAUAACACCAAACGGAAACAAUUGGACGGACACGAGCAAACUGUCAUCGAACUGGCUACGUUGUAUGGGGGCUCUGCGCACUAUGACUACCACAAGUUAUUUGCUGCCAGAGUGGCGUCCUACGCAGAACAAGGUUGCAGCAUUCGCUGGGAUAUGAGGGACACACGUCUGUACGGGCUGUGUUCUUCGGGGCGCCGUUCCAGAUCUUGUGCAAUUUGCCACAGCAUCACCCAUGGUACAGACUUGACGUACUGAUACAGUUAGGCCUACCCUGUUCUCGGACCGAAGUGUCAGCUCCGACAGGAUGGGGGCGAUGGACAAAAACGACACCAGGGGACGACCUAGAGUUAGGUCAAACGGAAGGGAGGUCUGCAAUAAUUUCAAUCACCAGGGCUGUAUGAGAGUGAACUGUGCAUACCUUCAUGUAUGUCUCAAUUGUCAAGCCCUAAACCACGGACAGGCGACUUGUGCCAAUGCUCCCAAAUCGAGACGGGACAACCAAGCUUGACUAACUUUCCCGGAUAUAACCAGAGAAGAGGACGUAGGCACUUUAACAGUCCAACUCACUCCCAUCAAUGUUCAGGCUAUACAGGCAGAACUCGCCUCUCAUCCCCAUCCUCCAUUUGCUACAUAUCUCAUCAACGGCUUGCAACAUGGCUUCGACCCCUUAAUGUCGGAUGUUCCACAGUCCACAACAGAAUGUAAAAACAAACGUAGGGCUACAUUGGAUCCAAUAGUAGUGACUAAGGCAGUGCAAACAGAAGUCGAUAAAGGGUACGUUAUAGGACCUUUCCAGCGGGCUCCAUACCCUGUGUACAGAAUUAACCCCUUAGGAGUUGCCACGGGCAAGUACUCGGGCAAGAAGAGGCUAAUCCUUGAUCUGUCAACCCCACAUAACUCGGAACAUACCGCAAGUAUCAAUGAUCUCAUUAGUAAAGAAUCUGCUUCACUCUCUUAUGUGACCAUAGACUAUGCUAUUGCAGUUAUUAAGCAACUGGGACAUGGUGCACAAAUGUGUAAGGUGGACAUUACCGACGCAUUCAAACAGAUUCCGCUGCACCCCAGGUACUGGCCGUUCUUUGGUUUCCGAUGGGACGAUAGGUACUACUUCUACACAAGAUUGGCGUUCGGGUGCAGAUCCAGUCCAAAGAUUUUCGAUACCCUAUCACAAGCCGUGUGCUGGAUAUUGCAAUACAACUACGGCGUUAAAAACAUUCUGCAUCUGUUAGAUGAUUUCCUGACUAUUGAUCCUCCCGUUUAUGAAGCUAGCACAACUAUGGAUGCCAUCUUAACCUUGUUUGACAAACCUUGGCAUCAUCUUGGACUGAGUCUCGAUGACGGCGAGGUUACCAGAGAACAAGUUGAAAAGGAUAGCAGAUAUGUUAACAUCAUUUUCUACUCGGACUAAGUGUACGAAAAGAGAGUUGCUGUCUUUGUUAGGGCAUUUAAACUAUGCUUGUCGAGUGGUAGUACCAGGCAGAUCCUUCCUAUCUUAUCUGAUUCGACUGUCGGCCACUGUGGUCAAGUUGCACCACCAUAUCAGACUAUCUAAGCAAUGUCGGAUAGAGAUGCACAUGUGGAAAAAAUUUCUGAACCAGUGGAAUGGCAUCUCGUUUUUCCAUGACGACCAUAUCACAUCAGCUCCGGAUCUCAAUCUGUAUACGGAUGCAGCUGGAAGUGUAGGACACGGGGGAUAUUUUGAUGGGGCAUGGUUCGCCCAGGCGUGGCCUCAGGACGUUAAAAACAGUCGAGACUCAGCACAAUCAAUUGCUUGGUUGGAACUUUAUCCUAUUGUGGUGUCCGCCAUUCUCUGGGGACGACAUUGGACACGGAAGAGAUUACUGUUUCAUUGUGACAAUAAAGCUACUUUCAGGAAAUUCCGAGCCCUGGCGCCCCAUGAGAACUCCAUCCAACGCCUUGCCCACCCAGCUCACAAGUGAUGUGGACCUGAACCAUCACCUGGACACCCUGUGGUCAGCUGCGAUCAGUCGACAAACAAGAACAGCAUAUUCUACAGGAUUUCUGUGCUACCUAAAGUUCAUGUUCAAGUUCAGUUUGUUCAACACACUGGGUGCCAGCAGCGGCCUGCCACCAGUUAACGAUGCCUACCUUCAGUACUUUCUUGCACAUUGCUUCGGCUUCCUCAAACUCUCACAUGACACCGUGAAGACUUAUCUGGCGUGAAUCAGAUUUACUUACCUACAAGCGGGCAUCAGGACACUGUUUGACGAUGUCUCAACCGGUGCCCUAAAUCGGAUUCAAACUCUACUCAGAGGAUACAAACAGGCCCAUACACCAGAGCAGAGGAAGAGACUCCCCAUCACUUACCAUGUGCUAUGUAACAUCAUCAAGCGGCUCAGGGAUGGCGGGUUCGGUCCUUUCAACGAUUUGGUAAUGGAAUGUAUGUGUCUUACAGCGUUCUUCGGAUUCUUGAGAUGCGGUGAACUCACAUGUUCAGCCAACUUUGAUCCCAGUAGGAACAUAACUAUGAGCGACAUUAGUUUCGUACAUCAUAAAAGAACAUGUGUUAUAACCUUAAAAGUGUCUAAGACUGAUCCCUUCCGACUAGGCGUUCACAUUGCCUUAUUCGCUACUGACACUAUGACAUGUCCCUACUCGGCCUUGUCCAAACUGUAUUCCAUUAGAACGCAGUGUAGGGCUGCAUACCAGGAUCCACUGUUCGUCAAUCGGGACUAUCUACCAAUAUCCAGGACUGUGUUUUUGUCAUGGUUAGAUAGGGUCCUCACGUUGACUGGCUACAACUCCGCCGACUACUCCGGGCACUCAUUCCGGAUAGGAGCAGCUACCACGGCGGCCACCGUUCACAUCGAGGAUCACCUCAUUAAGACUAUGGGCAGGUGGACGUCGGACUGUUACGCCAAGUCCGGUUCCACCUUAGGGCAAGCCCACAAGGCUAUGUGUCACCAUCACUAAGUACCAUAUUCAUGUUAUUUACCUAUAUUCUUAAUUCUUUGGGGGCUCUCGGUUGCUAACCUCGUUUGGGCGUCAUAAGCCACUCCAUACUCAGAGCAUGGAAGGCUUGUGGCCCCCAAAGAACUUACGCUAUUUCGGUACUGUCCAGACAGCACGACCAGGACUAGCUUAACUCUAGGGAUCGUCCGGGUCAUCGGACCCAAGGACCGGCAUAUCCCUCUCACAGCUACACAGUCCGGGUCCAUAAGACCCCAGGACAUUGUCAUCUUACCCGGGUCUCUAUGACCCCAGGGUGUCAACCAGGGUCUCUUAGGCAACCGAGGCUGCCCCCAUGUUGUGCCAAAUGUUUAUGUAAAUAUCUGCAUGUAAUAAAACUUCCUGCAAUGUAAUACAUUUCAUGUUUUUUGUGGCACAAAAUGGUAAUUGGAUAUUUUAGUUUGUGCAACAACAACAGUACUUACGCGUUCAUAUUUAAUAUACCAAUUACAGGUCAAUCACCUCAUUACGUUUAUAUUCAACACGAUUUCUUAACUCUGUCACCCAAAUGUGCUUUUUAUGCCGUCUGGAUCAUGUUACAGUAAUUACAUCCCACAAUGCACUUCUAAACGGUCUGCGCAUGCCCAGUAAGACGGACAUGACGUCACAGUGUUUACCUCUAUUAACCCUUCAGCCCCGCACGAGGUUACUUUCUACAUUGUCGCAAGCCACUCAACUGCGUUACCCUCCAGCCACCCCUUAGCUCUUCCUGUCUUUCAUGGCCUAAUGUAUUCAUGAGCAUCAUGAACGUGGUUUCUUGUGCAUUCGCUAGUACUCAUGUAUUGGCAUCCAUUCCAUGGCUGUUUAUCAGGCGCCUAUAUAUAUAUAUAUAUAUUGUGUAUAUACCUUAUCUCCUGGGGCUGCCUCGGCGUCAUAAGCCACUCCAUACUCAGAGCAUGGAAGGCUUGUGGCCCCCAAAGAACUUACGCUAUUUCGGUACUGUCCAGUCAGCACGACCAGGACUAGCUUAACUCUAGGGAUCGUCCGGGUAUUGGACCCCAGGACCGGCAUAUCCCUCUCACAGCUACACAGUCCGGGUCCAUAAGACCCCAGGACAUUGUCAUCUUACCUGGGUCUCUAUGACCCCAGGGUGUCGACCCCAGGGUCUCUUAGGCAACCGAGGCAGCCCCCAUGUUGUGCCAAAUGUUUAUGUAAAUAUCUGCAUGUAAUAAAACUUCCUGCAAUGUAAUACAUUUCAUGUUGUUUGUGGCACAAAUUUGAUUUACUUUUACUAAUUGCAAAAUACUAUAU